UAUACCCAAUGGGGGCUUCACAUGUUCUGAUGAAAUUUCAGUGUUUCAUCUUCUUAUGGCUAUGGCGGCAAGUAGGAUCUGCAGAAGCCAUGAAUGCUUUAUUGCCAGUAGCCAAACCUGGUUGUCAAGAUCGAUGCGGGAACAUCAGCAUACCUUUCCCGUUCGGAAUUGGUAAAGGUUGUUUCAUAGGCGAAGACUUCGAAAUAUUAUGCAGCAAUCCCACCAAGCCCAUGUAUGGUCACCUGAAUGUUUCAAACAUAUCAAUACCCGACGGCCACAUGACAAUGAAUGUCUACGUAGCCACCGAUUGCUUCGAUAAGAAAAAGUCAGUCAACGAUAAUUCAUGGGCCCAAUUUCGAAAAUUCACCUUAUCUAAUACAAAAAACAAGUUCAUAACCAUGGGUUGCGACACCUUCGGAUUUCUAGUACUAGGUGAUAAACAGAAUUUCACAGCCCUAGGAUGUCAAUCAGUCUGUAAUACGAUGGAUGAUAUCACUGAAGGGUGCACUGGUAUUGGUUGCUGUGAGGCCUCCAUUCCACCAGGUCUAUCUGUAUACAACACUACGGUUAAAAGCAUGAAUAUACCCCGUAGGGAUUUAGGUUUUAACCCAUGUAGUUAUGCUUUUAUAAUUCAAGAAAGUUCAUUUAAUUUUUCCAAGUCAUAUAUCCAAGAUUUUAAUAAUUAUGGAUCGGAAAUGGUUCCGGUGGUGGUUGAUUGGACUGUUGGGAAUGAAACAUGUGAAGAAGCUAAAAGAAAUCCGACUAGCUAUGCAUGUGGUCCUAACAGUUACUGCAUUCCAGGUAAAAAUGCUCCAGGUUAUCGCUGUAACUGCAAGAGUGGAUAUGAAGGAAAUCCUUACCUUGAUAUUAAUACUGGUGGUCACUGCCAAGAUAUCAAUGAAUGCAAUGACAUAAAGCUGUAUGAAGAGGCAGAGCGGUGUGAAAGACGAGGAAAUAUUUGCAAUAAUACGGAAGGGGGGUUCACUUGUCCUUGUAGAGAGGGAUUCCGUUCGAUAUACGAAAAAAAUGGCAUCUCGGAUUGCAUUCCUCACUCUAACAAGCUUAUUGUUGGUGUUUGCAUAGGCCUAUUUCUUCUACUGGUGACUCUUGUGGCUAGCUUCUGGUCGUAUUGGGGUUACAGGAAAAGAAAGCACAUGCAAGUUAAGGAGGAAUUCUUCAAGAAAAAUGGUGGGUUGGUUUUAAACCGGCUCCUUGACGAACGGGAAGUGGAUAUUGAGGCGAAUCGAAAUGGAAGAGGAGGAAAAAAACAUCAAUCAAUUGCUACAAUCUACACUGAAAAGGAUCUAAGCAAGGCGACUAAUAACUAUCAUGAAAGUCAAAUUCUUGGACGAGGAGGGUUUGGCACGGUGUAUAAAGGCAUCUUGUCUAAUGGAACCGUGGUUGCAAUUAAGAAGACAAAAAUUAUCGAUACAAACCAAAAUGAACAAUUCAUUAAUGAAAUCGCCGUCCUCUCACAAAUCAAUCACAAAAAUGUGGUGCAGCUCCUGGGUUGCUGUCUGGAGAGCGAAGUUCCUUCACUAGUUUAUGAAUAUGUAAUUAACGGGACGCUUCACCAACACUUACAUGAAGGCCGUGAGAACCAGACUGGGUCCUCUACUCUGUCAUGGGAAAGUCGCUUAAGGAUAGCCUUAGAAGUUGCAGGAGCAUUGGCUUACUUGCACGCUGAAGCUUCCAUACCCAUUAUCCACAGAGAUAUUAAGUCUAGUAAUGUACUUCUAGACGAUGAAUACAAAGCAAAAGUUUCAGAUUUCGGUGCUUCAAGGCUAAAUCCUACGGAUCAAGCUCAACUAAGCACAGUAGUUCAAGGAACUUUUGGGUACUUGGACCCAGAAUACAUGUUGUCAAACCAACUAACUGAGAAAAGCGAUGUGUACAGCUUCGGUGUUUUGCUUGUGGAAUUGCUAACAGGUGAAGCAGUAUUUUCUCCAGACAGAGCCGAAGAAGAAAGAAAUUUGGCAAAUUAUUUUCUUUCCUCGAUGAAAACCAACAGGUUGUUUGUAAUUAUCGACAGUAAUUUGGUGAGGUAUGACAAUGAACGGAUAAGUAGCGUACACGGGCACCAACAGAUCCAACAAAUGGCUGAACUCGCGCAAAAGUGCUUAAGAAUGAAAGGAGAGAAUAGACCUACAAUGAAACAAGUAGCCAUGGUAUUGCAUGGAUUAAUGAUGAUAUCUUCUAGCCAACCUAGUGUCUUGGAUGAUGACUAUAUGUUUACGAAUACAACCAAAGAAGAACGCAUGCUCUUUGAAGAAUCAACAAAAUUGUUGUCUUACACUGAUAGCAUUACAACAAUCGGCGAUAGCAGCAAGGGGAUGGUGGCUUUACAAACCGAGGGACGUUAAUGGAUUUAUUAUCCUGCUGCACAUUGAGUAGUACCGUAUUUUUUUAUUUUUGUUUCCUGUUUAGCUUACUAAAAGUUAUUUAUGGUUCUAAGAUUGGAAUAAA